AUGAAUAUUGUUUGCCCAGUUAAAAACCAUAGAAGCAUUAUUGAAAGAUUUUGUAUCUUCUAUAAUUGCGAUGAAACUAAACGUGUCAUGUGUGAUGAAUGCUAUUCAGAAUAACGACAUAGUAAUCAUAGAGAUUAGAAAAAAAUAAUUGAAGUAUUCGAAUUCAUUGGUGAGAAAUCAAAAGAAUGCCAAGAUAGAAUUAUUUAGAAACUUGACUAAUUAUUUAAUUAGAUAGAAUAAUCAUAUCAAGACAUAAAAAAUGGAUUGAAUUAAAAAUACCUAUUAUCAAAAUUGCAAGUUCAAGAAUAUAAUGGAGAUCAAAUCCAUGAAGUUUUAUGCCAAAUGAUAAAAAUGGAAGAGUUAUAUGAUCCCUUAAAUGUAAUAGUUAAAAAUUUUUAAACUUUAAUCUAAAAUUUAUAGGAAUUUGAAGAUGCAUUAAAUCUUCCUUCUUUAAAUUAUAUUCAAUGUAGUAAAGAGAGCUAGCAGUAAUCAGAUAAAUAUUUUGAAAAAGGUAAUUAAUUUAUAUGAAUUAUAGGUUAUUAAUUAUUUAAUAGGGAUGAAUUUUAAUAAGCAAUACAAAUUUUAGAUGAAUCACUUAAAUAUAAUGAAAAAAAUAUUUUAUCUUUGUGGUGCAGAUGUAAUUAUAAAUCUAUUUAGCCACUUGCUUAAGUUUUUUGAAUGAUUAAAAUGAUGCAAUUAAAUGGAUAGAUAAAGCAUUAUACAUCGAUCCAAAUCAUGUUGAUUCUUUAUAUAGAAAAUGUAUAAAUAUUAAAUAGAUAUAGCUGAAUGUUUAAGUUUAUUAGGAAAACAUGAGGAAGCACUAAAAACUGUUGAAAUAGCAUUGUCUAUUGAUUCUUAAAACACUGAUGAUUAUACAGAAAAGGUAAUUUUCAAAUUUAAUCAAUAGCUGAAUGUCUAAGUUUAUUAGGUAAACAAAAGGAAUCACUCUAAAUUUUAGAAUUACUUUUAUUUUAACAUCCAAAAAAUUUAGAUUUUUUGUGGAGAAAAGGUAGUAGUGUAUAUUAUUUAUUAGCUGAAUGUUUAAGCCUGUUAGGAGAAUAAAAAGAAGCUAUUAAAUUGGUAGAUCAGGUUUUGGCAAUAAACCCUAAUCAUAUUAAUUCAUUAUCUAGAAGAGGUUUAGUUAUUUAAAAUUUUUAGCGUAGUGUUUAUUGUUAUAAGGUUAAUAAAUUGAAGCCUUAUUAUGGAUAGAAAAAGGAUUAAAAAUAGAUCCUGAACAUAUAAAUUUAUUGUAUAUUGGAGGUAAUCGGAUAAUAUUAAUAAAGCUAAAUGUUUGAAUUUAUUAGGCAGAUAGAGAGAAGCAAUCAAAAUGAUAGAUAAAUUACUCUAAAAAACUCUUCUCAUAUUGAUGGAUUAAUAAUAAAAUGUAUAAAAUGAAGCUAACGGUUAUAUAGGUGAUUGCUUAGUNUUACAAUUAAAAGAAUAAAAUAAUUAUAAAAUUUUUAUACCUAUAAGCGAAUGAUGAAUAUUGUUUGCCCAGUUAAAAACCAUAGAAGCAUUAUUGAAAGAUUUUGUAUCUUCUAUAAUUGCGAUGAAACUAAACGUGUCAUGUGUGAUGAAUGCUAUUCAGAAUAACGACAUAGUAAUCAUAGAGAUUAGAAAAAAAUAAUUGAAGUAUUCGAAUUCAUUGGUGAGAAAUCAAAAGAAUGCCAAGAUAGAAUUAUUUAGAAACUUGACUAAUUAUUUAAUUAGAUAGAAUAAUCAUAUCAAGACAUAAAAAAUGGAUUGAAUUAAAAAUACCUAUUAUCAAAAUUGCAAGUUCAAGAAUAUAAUGGAGAUCAAAUCCAUGAAGUUUUAUGCCAAAUGAUAAAAAUGGAAGAGUUAUAUGAUCCCUUAAAUGUAAUAGUUAAAAAUUUUUAAACUUUAAUCUAAAAUUUAUAGGAAUUUGAAGAUGCAUUAAAUCUUCCUUCUUUAAAUUAUAUUCAAUGUAGUAAAGAGAGCUAGCAGUAAUCAGAUAAAUAUUUUGAAAAAGGUAAUUAAUUUAUAUGAAUUAUAGGUUAUUAAUUAUUUAAUAGGGAUGAAUUUUAAUAAGCAAUACAAAUUUUAGAUGAAUCACUUAAAUAUAAUGAAAAAAAUAUUUUAUCUUUGUGGUGCAGAUGUAAUUAUAAAUCUAUUUAGCCACUUGCUUAAGUUUUUUGAAUGAUUAAAAUGAUGCAAUUAAAUGGAUAGAUAAAGCAUUAUACAUCGAUCCAAAUCAUGUUGAUUCUUUAUAUAGAAAAUGUAUAAAUAUUAAAUAGAUAUAGCUGAAUGUUUAAGUUUAUUAGGAAAACAUGAGGAAGCACUAAAAACUGUUGAAAUAGCAUUGUCUAUUGAUUCUUAAAACACUGAUGAUUAUACAGAAAAGGUAAUUUUCAAAUUUAAUCAAUAGCUGAAUGUCUAAGUUUAUUAGGUAAACAAAAGGAAUCACUCUAAAUUUUAGAAUUACUUUUAUUUUAACAUCCAAAAAAUUUAGAUUUUUUGUGGAGAAAAGGUAGUAGUGUAUAUUAUUUAUUAGCUGAAUGUUUAAGCCUGUUAGGAGAAUAAAAAGAAGCUAUUAAAUUGGUAGAUCAGGUUUUGGCAAUAAACCCUAAUCAUAUUAAUUCAUUAUCUAGAAGAGGUUUAGUUAUUUAAAAUUUUUAGCGUAGUGUUUAUUGUUAUAAGGUUAAUAAAUUGAAGCCUUAUUAUGGAUAGAAAAAGGAUUAAAAAUAGAUCCUGAACAUAUAAAUUUAUUGUAUAUUGGAGGUAAUCGGAUAAUAUUAAUAAAGCUAAAUGUUUGAAUUUAUUAGGCAGAUAGAGAGAAGCAAUCAAAAUGAUAGAUAAAUUACUCUAAAAAACUCUUCUCAUAUUGAUGGAUUAAUAAUAAAAUGUAUAAAAUGAAGCUAACGGUUAUAUAGGUGAUUGCUUAGUUAAACAAGGCAAUAAGUAAGAAGCUUUAAAUUUGAUUGAUGAGACUUUAAAUAGUAAUCCAAAUAAUUUUGAUUUACUCUUCAAAAAAGGCAUAUAAAUUUAAUAUUUUAUAGCUGAAAUUUUAGUAAUUUCAGGGCAAUAACUCCAAGCUUUAAUUUGGAUAAAUAAAGCUUUAAUUUUGAAC